UAUCUGUAGAUUUUAUAUGUUAUAAAACUCUCCUGCAAUGGACACGGUGUAAAGUGUCUUAGCGCGCAAUAAAACAUAUUUUAUCCGGUAGUGGCCGUAGUUGGCGUUUGUAUAGCCGUAAAAAUAUAUAAUUACUUAGCAUCAUUGAGUAUAUCUGGGCGCGAAAACUUUUCCGAGGACAUUCCCUAAGAAUUUUACUUCAAUUUCAAAGUACGUUGUCAAUCGAAGACAUGGAUAUAUCAGCUUACCAGCACAUGAAUAUUCGCAUGAGUACACGUGGGAAGCGUCCGUUGCGAAAUUUAACUCCAAGCGAUAAGGUUCGAGCAAUUCAGCGCAUUCACAACGGCGAAACCAAAGCAUCUGUUUCCAGGGAUAUUGGCGUACCAGAAUCAACGCUGAGAGGAUGGUGUAAAAAUGAACAUAAGUUACGUUUUAUGUGUCGCCAACUAGGUAGUGGCGAUCAUUGCAAGUUCUCAAUAGGAAUAGAAAAUCCUCCUGAAAAGCGGGUUCGUUUUAACGCUCAUCUGCAGCCUAGAAAAAUGUCAACCAACUCCAAUGAACUUCUAUGUGGCAGACUGCACUUGAAUGGUAUUCCGUUUUCCUCGAAUGACAACAAUGCACUCUUAGAAAAAAUGGCAAUAAACAACAUACUGACAAACCAUUUGACGGACAAUGGAGCACAGCAACGUGAGAGCAGUUUCAUCAAGCACGGAUUCAUUUCGCCCAAUAUGAAUAUCAUAAGUCCUGCUUACACGCCUCUUCCAGUAAUACAGAAAUUACAUCUGUUGCCUCUUAUAUGCUCAAAUUCCAAUUAUAGUAGUGAGUCCAUGUCAUUAGAUAAUGUAAAUCAAUCAAAAUCUUUGCAUGUGUCUAAUAAAGGCGGUGUGAUUGUGAACAAAAGAUGUGAAACAAAUGAUAAAAUUGAAUCUUUUCAUGGAAACAGUAUUUCAAUAAGCAGCGAUUCGCAUGAAAAUUGCGACGUUAACGACGAUAAAGCCAAAAUAGAUCAAAACGUGACCACACCUGAAGGUGUUAAACAUUCAGCGUCCCUUGAGGACAUUUUCCAAAUGCCUAAUAUCGCUAAUUUAAAUACAGAAAACACAUUACUAGAAUGGUGCAAGGCAUUUAAUAUGAGUUUGAAUUUUUUGGCCCUCGCUGCCGCUGCGGCUACCAUGGGCCCAAACAUAUCUCUACCACUGACAACUCAUAAAAAAAACAUAGUUAGUCAAACGAUGGAAAAAAUAAGUUGUAUAGAAUACGGUAAGAAAACUGAUGUCAACGAUAUAAACCUUAACUCCUUCAUCUUUGCCAAUAGUGAUCUGUCGAACGACUGCUAUUCGGACAGUGAACCAGAAGACUUAUCAAUUCGCUCUGCAUAUACCUCUAAACCAUCCAGUUUAUCAAACAGCCGCUCACAGAGUCCUGUGAAAAGUCCUAGUUCUUGUUCCUCUGCAAGUCAGAGUUUUGGCGAGUAAUAUCCAAUUUGUAAUUCUUCACAAACAAAAAUUCCGUCAACAAUGAAACUCAGCGCUUAGUAAACAUUGCAAACUGGCCCUUGAACAUUUCACCGAGUGCUGUCCGAUUCAAGCUUAAGCUCAACGAUGAAGGGCCUCCUUUUCAAAGCAAAUUGGCCCUUGAACAUUUCACCGAGUGCUGUCCGAUUCAAGCUUAAGCUCAAUGAUUAAGGGCCUCCAUUUUAUAGCCGAGUCCGAACGGCGUGCUGCAGAGCAACACUUUUAUGGGGAGAAGUUUUUACAUGGCAAUGUAAUUUCUAAUUAAAAAAAAAUUAUUUUUAUAUUUCUCAAACACUUUUAUGUAAAGCAAUUGUAUAUGGCUAUAGAAAGACCAUAGAUCUUCUGACUAUAUCUGUAUCUACAAUUAGAACAAACAAAAACAUUCAACGGCUGCAUUAGCGCACUAACAAACCAUUAUAAAAAAGUUGUAUCUAUUAAAAAAUUUGUAAUUAAAAAUAUGUCUUUUAUUUUAUAAAGCCUAAAAUGUAUGCAGUUACGACAUGUACAGCGUGUGCAAACGGAAACUAAAUUUAAUCUGUAGUAAAUUAUAAAAGAUAAUUCUGUAACUAAGUUUUUCUAUUUCUAUAACUAAGUAUCCAAACUAAUAUGCAUUUAUAUAAGCAUGUAUCUGAAUAUGCAAUGGGCUUUCUUAUAGUGUUGUUGUACGAAGAGAGAAGGCAAUGCAAUACAAUGCAUUUGCAACAUAUCCGGGAUGCUUUGUUUCUCCAACAAAUGUUCUUUUAGAAAACCCGUAUGAUCCAUAUACAUUCUUAAAAUCGAAAUCAUGGUUUAGGUCUACAUCUUUUAAUCCUAACGUCAAUUAUAAUAUAAACUAUAUUGAUGUAAUGUAAAAACACAAUUAUGUUUCGUUCAAACAGGUAUAUUUUGGAAAUUAUUACACUUUUCGUUAAAGUACAUAAACAAAGCAUAUGGCUCAUUGAUGAGGACGACCAUUUUUCAACUAACAUUCCGCAAAUAAUACUAACGUGUUCUAUAAUUUUUAUUUCAAAGAUCCUCUAGACUAAGCUAUACAAUGUUUAAAGGACAAUUUUUGUAACUAAUGAA